AUGACCCAAAAAAUAGCUAUUCUCUCUGUCUACGAUAAGACUGGCUUAGUUGAUUUUGCUAGAGAACUUCAUGCUUUAAACAUUCGUUUAUUGGGUUCGGGUGGAACAGCCAAACUGGUGCGUGAGGCUGGUAUCCCUAUCGGCGAUGUAUCCGAGAUUACCAAAGCUCCCGAAAUGUUGGGCGGUCGCGUCAAAACUUUACACCCUGCUGUUCACGGAGGUAUCUUGGCCCGCAACAUUGAAAGCGAUGAAAAAGAUCUUGCCGAACAGCAUAUCGAGAAGAUCGAUAUCGUUGUUUGUAACCUUUAUCCUUUCAAGGAAACUGUGGCCAAGCCUGAUGUAACUAUCCCCCAAGCUGUCGAGGAAAUUGAUAUUGGUGGUGUUACCUUACUCCGUGCUGCUGCCAAGAACCACGCUCGCGUGUCAAUUGUAUCUGACCCUAAAGAUUAUGCAAAGGUCAUUGAAGAAUUAAAGCAAGGACAAGUGACUCAAGAGACUCGCAACAGUCUCGCUUUGAAGGCUUUCCAUCACACUGCUGACUAUGAUGAUGCUAUCUCUAACUAUUUCCGUCGUCAAUAUGCCAAAGACGCUUCCAUGAUGCCCCUUCGUUAUGGUGCUAAUCCUCAUCAAGCACCUGCUCAGAUCUAUACUAAGAAUGGUAAUUUACCCGUCACUGUCUUGAGCGGAUCACCUGGCUACAUCAACUUCUUGGACGCAUUGAACUCUUGGGCCUUGGUUAAGGAAUUGAAGGAAGCUACUGGUGUUGCUGCAGCUGCUUCAUUCAAGCACGUUUCUCCUGCUGGUGCCGCUAUUGGUCUUCCUUUGAGCGAAGUCGACCAGAAGGUUUACCAAGUUGAUGAUUUGAAGAUGCCCUUGAGCCCUCUUGCAAAUGCCUAUGCUCGUGCUCGUGGUGCUGAUCGUAUGUCUUCUUUUGGCGACUUCAUUGCUUUGUCUGAAAAGGUUGACGUUGUCACUGCCAAGAUCAUCAACCGUGAAGUUUCCGAUGGUGUGAUCGCUCCUGACUAUGACGAGGAAGCUCUUGCCAUUCUGAAGGGUAAAAAAGGUGGAAAAUAUUGUGUACUCAAGAUGGAUCCUGCUUAUGAACCUGAGGAACAGGAAGUUAGACAAGUUUACGGUUUAUACUUGGAACAAAAGAGAAAUAACUACAAGAUCGAUGCCUCUCUUUUCAAGAACAUCGUCUCCAAGAAUAGAGAGCUCUCCCCUGAAGCUGUCAAUGAUCUAAUCGUUGCUACAAUUGCUCUCAAGUACACUCAAUCAAACUCUGUCUGCUAUGCCAAGAACGGUAUGGUUAUCGGAUUAGGUGCUGGUCAACAAUCACGUAUCCACUGCACCCGUCUUGCAGGUGACAAGGCUGAUAAUUGGUGGUUAAGGCACCACCCUAAGGUACUGGCAUUUGACUUCAAAAAGGGUACCAAGCGUGCAGACAAAUCGAACGCUAUUGAUCUCUAUGUAACAAAUCAAAUUGGCGAGGGUGUUGAACGACAGGCUUGGGAAGCCAACUUUAACACAGUUCCUGAGCCAUUGACUGCUGAAGAACGUAAAGAGUGGAUGGGUAAGCUCGAAAACACAGUUGUUUCCUCUGAUGCUUUCUUCCCCUUCUCUGACAAUAUCUACCGUGCACAUCGCUCUGGUGUCAAAUACAUUGCCGCUCCUUCUGGAUCUGUUCAAGAUGAAGCUGUUAUCGCUGCUGCUGAUGCCAAUAACAUGGUCUUUGUUCAUCAUAACCUACGUCUUUUCCAUCACUAA